GCGUCCAUUUCUUUCUUUCUCUUUCCUCCUCCCCUUUUUUUCCACUUGUGGGGUUGGUGAUUGAAAGGAGGAAAGAGGGGACGAUCCGGCCGUGGGAGAGAAAGGAAGGAGGGCAUCAAUGUAGGGGCUGCUUGUCAGGGCGGACGACAGAGGGGGAAAUGCAAUGGUGACUUCUCCCGUCCGGCUGUUUUCUGGAAGCCGGUUCAGUGCCACCGCCAGCCCGGGCGUAGCAGAGGAAAGCGGAGCCCGGCGGCGGCUGCAGCAGUAAGUGUCCCUGCGGGGGGGGGGGGUUGUCGGUUGUCAAUGGGUGACUGACCGCCCCCCCCGCCCGCCCGCUCUCCUCUUCGAUGGAUGGAUGAAUGGCUAGAUGUCCCUGCGGAUGGCGGGAUGGGGGCGCCUCUGCGUGGAGAAGACAGCAUGAGGACCGCGCCAAGCAGCCGCCGCCGCCGCCGCCGCCGCUGGAGCCUCGGCCGGCUUUCGCUGCUGCCGCUGCUGCCGCUCUGCUUCACGUGCGCGCUGGCCCUUGAGCCAGGUCAGUGGGACGCCACCGCCGGGCCGGCUACAGCAGCAGCACCAGGAGGCGGAGGCGGCUCCGAAGGGGGGUCCGCAGCAGCGGCCGCGGCAUUGCCAGGGGAAGUGGAAGCGGCGUCCUUGUCCUCGCCGCCGCCUCCCGGUCCCUCGCUGCUGCUACUUCCUCUUCUUCCUCCGCCGCCGCCUUUCUCUCCUUCGCCCGCCCCUCCGCAGCAGAAAGGCGGAGGCUUCGAGGAGGAAGGGAACGAGCUCGGCUCUUGGGCGGCGGUGGCGGCGCCCAACGCCACUUGGGACCAGCCCACCUUGCCGCCCCCCGAGGAUCCCCCCACCCGGCCUGGCCCUACCCGGGGGGCGCAAAAAAGCAGCCCCCCGGGCUCCGAGGGGCCCGAGCCCGUCGUCGCCGCCUCGGCAGCGGGGUCCUCUCCGCCGCCUCUUUCUUCAGCCUCGCCGUCCGGAGGUCUCCAAGAGCGAACCCUCGGCAUCGGCUCCAGCAGCGUCCCGACAGCCCUGCCUGUCUCGCCUCGCGAGGAGGAGGAGGAGAAGGAAGAGGACGACCUGGCGGUCUACAGUGGAACAGACCUUUUCUGUAACUGCAGUUCUGUUGGGAGCGCAGGCCUGAGCGACUGUAACUCCACAACAGGGCAGUGCGAGUGCCGGACAGGAUACAGGGGACUGCACUGCGACGAAUGUGAAGAAGGCUAUUACCUGGAGCACGGCAGCGGGCACUGCCUUGGGUGUGGCUGUCAUUCCGAAGGCUCCGAGUCCUUGUCCUGUGACAACUCUGGAAGAUGUCGCUGCAAAGCUGGGGCAAUGGGUCCGAAAUGCACCCAGUGCCAGGAAGGCUAUUCCAGGUUCAAUGGGACCACCUGUGAACUUUGUCAGUGCAACAACCAGUCUAUGAAGUGCGAUCCAUGGACAGGCACUUGCGUGGACUGUCAAGGCAACACAGAAGGUGCUUCCUGUGAGAAAUGUAAAAGGCAGUUUUACCGAAAUGGCUCACAACAGCACGAGUGUCUCCUGUGCCCAUGCUCCUACAUAGCUUCCACUGGCAGCUGUCAUAUAAAACCUAGUCACCACAUACCAACUUGUGACCAGUGCCAGGCCGGCUACACUGGUGCUCAUUGUAACCACUGUGACAACGGCUACUACAGCUCUGACAGCCUCUGCAUCAAAUGCCAGUGCAAUGGGAAUGUUGACCCGGCACAGUCACCAAGGGUUUGCAAGCCAAACACAGGGGAAUGCCUCGGCUGUCUCUACUACACGGCUGGCUUUCACUGCGAAAAGUGUCAGGAGGGUUACAUUAAACAUUCGGAAGAUGGGAAUUGCACCAAGAAAGAAUACAUUCCUGGUCCAGAAAGCAGAGCGCCCGUUCCUUCAGCUCCAAACAUUAGCGUAUCAACAUCAUCCUCUAUAACAGCCAUCAACAGCACAUUACCACAGACUAUGUUGGUACAGACAGUUUCUCCCAUCAGUCCCUCUGACAAUAGCACGUCUACUUUAGCUGAUGUGUCGUGGACCCAGUUCAAUAUCAUCAUUCUCACCGUCAUUAUCAUUCUCGUCGUUCUGCUGAUGGGUUUUGUGGGCGCUGUCUACACGUACCGUGAAUAUCAGAACAGGAAGCUGAACGCCCCCUUUUGGACCAUUGAGCUCAAGGAAGACAACAUCAGUUUUAGCAGCUACCAUGACAGCAUCCCCAAUGCUGAUGUCUCAGGCUUAUUGGAGGAGGAUGGGAAUGAGGUAGCACCCAAUGGCCAGCUGACGUUGACAACUCCCAUGCAUAACUACAAGGCUUAAUAAAAGCAGAGUUAAGAGUUUAUUUCACAGGCUCGUAAGCAGAGCAAACCAGUGCCGUGCUCUUUGGGAGGGACACCAGUCAGUGACACCAGUGUUCCAGGCAAAGGGACUGGAUAAUUGUCGGCCAUGGCCAGGCUUUAGAGUCCACAAAAAACCCACAAGUGAUUUUGGACACUGGAGAUAAUAAAGGAGUUUCAGGUAAAUUUACAGCUUGUAUCCAGUUUUUCAUUUCCCAUCAAAAUCCAUCCAUGUCACUAUGGAUAUUAAUUUGUAUUUAAUAAAUAAAUAAAUAUGGAAUUGCUUUGAAAUAUAUUUUUGUAUGAAAUGAUGGAGGCCUAUACCAAGAUGUCAUCUCAUCGCUAAUCAAAAGCUGUGUUUACACACUGGACACCUAAUUUUUAAGCUCUCGUUUAUGGGAAAUGGAUUUAUUGUUUGGAGGGAGAAGGAAACCUAGAACUUUUGUGCUCUGAAUUAGAAUUUGCUAUUUUUUAAAAAAAUCAAAUAAAAAAAAUCUAAGCAUCAUAGAAUGGUGAAAGAUGUGCUGAUCAAAACUAACAGCAUUAUCCUUGGAUCGCAGGGAAAAAAAUGGGCGUGUCCCCAUUUUCCCCUAGCAAUCUUCCUUCCAAGGUGAUGAUGAGGAUGCUGUUUAAAAUGCAACAAUCUAUUUUAUUUUAUUUUAUUGAACUUGAAUUCUCCCAAGCGAUGCUAGUGAGGACCUUGCAGGGACAUCUUUGCCAAGUCUUCUAUCCAGAGUGGAAACAGUCUGUAUUCAGAAUGUAACAAAGAUUCCUCAGCAUUGUAUUUGUAAACUAUGUGUACAAAAAUGUCAUAUUUUAUUGGUUAGAUUUUAUCUGUACAGCAGUUCACGGCAUUGUAAAAAACAAAUACAAAACUCAAAGAAAGGAGCAACAAGUAAGCAAAGUAUUGUAUUAAAGUGCUGUAAACUUC